UCACAUUUGAAAGGAAUCGGAGAUCAAAGUAUCGUUUGAGGACACAAGGUGUAAUAAAGUGUAUUGUUAACCUGUGACAGGCAGGCGUGUUUCAGGCGUCUCUUAGUUCCGGGUAAAAGCAGGACGAGUUGUUGUGGGACUGUGACUAUGGAAGAAUGAGCGACGAGCUGGAAUUAAAAACCAUUCAAGGUGUCAGUAACAACAAUAAUAUCGCCAGUGACGUUGGGAUCGAGGUGUCUUCAGGAAAUGGAGCCCGCUCAGACAACGUCAACACGGCACAUGAAGUGUCUCCCCUUCUUUCAACACCACAGGUGGGCGACGCCAACAAUGCAGAGUUCAGUGUGGAUAAUGCUGUCACUAAUGAAUCUGUAAAUUCAUCCAAACCACGGUGGAGGGAUGAACUGCAGAGGGUAAAGCGAGAGCUGAAUGAGGUGGCGGUGUGGAAACUCAAAGUUUGGAUGGUGAUUCUCAUCGUAUUACUUCUGAUUGCUCUGAUCAUUGCAGUCUCCUUCAUUGUGUGUGCAGCUGGUCAUGUCGAUGAGGACGAGACAUAUGACAGAUCAUCUUUUGUGGUGGAGCGCUUCUUCAGAGGGAACUUUACUCUUGCCAACAGUUUUACUUCACACCCUGAAACUCAAGCAGAUGAAAGAGAGAAACUGCUAGAAGAACUGAAACACCAGCUGACUACAGUCUACAAUUCUUCUUCUGCAUUGGCGCGGUACUUUUCAAGUGUUACCAUAAACGAUUUCAGUAAUGAUACGGCACAGUUUGAGCUGCAGUUCAUCAUCCCUUCAGAAAAUGAGCAGCUUGUACGCUACACUCUGAGUCGGGAGAUGGUGAAAAGUGUACUUUUCCAGCACUUUUAUGAUCAAGAUCCGGCUGGAAACUCUUUAUAUGUCAAACCAACAUCACUGAGCAUGGAAGUUUGGACGAGAGGAACCUGAUGCAUAAAGAAAUUUCUCUUUUUUUAGCAAAUAACAAAGUUUUUGUAAGACUUCUAAGGUACAUCUAAGGUAUUAAAAUACUGUUGUAGGAUCAGUCCCAAGUACAUUUUUAAAAACUAGUAAAACUUUUAAUGAUUUUUUUUACAAUGUACAGUUUGUAUACAGUUUAAAAGGUUUUGGUGUAUCUAUAUUUAACAGAUUUUUACUGUUCCCUUAAAUGAACUUUUAUAUAUUUUCUCUUGUGAAAUUGAAAUAAACUGGAUUAUUUUCUCCCACACUUAUGGGAGAUAAUGCAUGAUAGAUGUUCACGUCUUUUCAUCUGUAAAAUCAAUUACAAGAACUAGCUUCUUACAUGCAGAUAAAUAAAAAUCCAGACCUUCUGGCCAAAACUAGUUAUAGUGAAAGUUUUUAUAAACCUUAUCAGGCGGUUACUGUAAUGAUUCUCUUGACAAAACAAGGUUUUUACAUUAUCUAAUUACUUUAAUGUUAAGUUGUUAAAGGUGGGUUGCCAAGUGUUAUGCAUUGUAUUAGUUAGUUUUUACUGCAGUAUGUUGCUAUGCAGUUGCUAUGAUGUUUGCCUUAGAUGAUUGCCUUGUGUGCCAGGUGAGUUUUAAGGUGGUGGUUUAAACAAUCCCCACUUCUGUGAUAUACUGCUGUGAAUUUUACUGUAUGCAUCUUUUUAGAAACUUAAAACAGGAUUUAGGUAAGGGAACUAUUUUGCAUAAACAAUGGAAAUAGACUAAACUUUACUCACGUGUGUCAUUGUCCAAGUGUUUGGGGUAAAUGUUCAUGCACAAACUCUGAAUUAAAAUUAAAGACAUUCACUAAACA